AUGGCUGAUAAUGGACCCAGAAAUGGCUCUACUUGUGAUAUAAACUUCGAUGAUGAGACAAGAGGUUCUUCUCGCCCACAACACAAGUUCUCCCCUGCUGACUCUAUAACAGCUGCCUGUGUCCAGGAUAUGAUCGAGGCAGAAUCAAGAUCUUGUACACAGAAAGAAACCGAGAGUGCUAUUUGCAAUCUUCCAUCCUCUUCAGGCCCCUCGUCCCUUCAACUCAAGGAACUCAAUGAAUUGCCUGCGAGUUCAAGUCGGGGAUGGCAUUUCUACGGCGCUUUUGGUACAUUGUGUCUUGUCACCUUUAUCAUCGCUCUUGACUCAACCAUUAUUUGCGUUGCGUUGCCUACAAUUGCAGAAGACAUCGGUGCUACGGCUAUCGAAGCCUUUUGGUGUGGUACCAGUUUCCUCCUCGCCUCGACCGUCGUUCAACCCCCUGUUGCCUCCCUAUCUCAUAUUUUUGGCCGUCGGUCUGCGCUGCUCGCUUCUCUCACUGUUUUUACGAGCGGUAGUAUCAUGGCUGCGCUGGCGAAGAAUAUUGCUGUGCUACUUGGUGGUCGGACACUUCAGGGCCUUGGCUCUGGUGGUAUCCUUGCUCUGACAUACGUUAUCGCUACAGAUCUUGUGAGCCUCAGGGAGAGGGGUAAAUGGUUCGGCCUUAUCUCCCUCAACUGGGCUAUUGGAAGUAUUCUUGGUCCCUUGAUCGGUGGUGCUCUCGUGGAAGUGUCCUGGCCCUGGCUGUUCUGGAUCAAUUUACCAUUUUGCGGUAUUGCCUAUAUCGCUAUUCCUAUCACAAUGCGCAUUAAACGAAAGGGGGAUGCGUCAGUGAACUCCAAGAUCAGAGAAUUCGAUUGGAUCGGGACUAUCAUCUUUGUUGGCUCUUUGACAAGUUUCUUGACCCGUUUGAGUUGGGGUGGUAUCAUGUAUGACUGGAGCAGCCCUAGGACCGUUAUACCUCUUAUCUUCGGUAUUAUGGGACUCAUCUUCUUUAGCCUUCACAUCAAGUUCUGCAGAAAAUACUCCAGAUGCGACCCUCUUCUACGACCCAGUCUAUUCACCUCCCUUACAGCUCUCUCUGCAUACUUUGCAACUGUCAUCCACGGCAUAACGGUAUGGUGUCUUCUUUACUAUGUUCCAUUAUACCACGAGGUCAGGGGAUCAUCACCUAUCACUGCAGGUGUUGCUGUCAUGCCAUUCACGGGGACUGUGGCUCCCGCCGCUGUCAUAGUUGGGCUCCUGAUUGCCAAGACCGGCACAUACAGGCUCUUCGUAUGGGCUGGAUGGGUUCUCGUGCCCAUUGGAAUGGGAUUGAUGCUGCUACUGGAUGAUCAUACUGAAACCUUUAGAUGGGUACUCAUCUACCUUACUGGAGGUCUUGGUCUCGGUAUCCUCUAUUCAGCUCAAGCAUUUGCUGCUCAAGCUUCAGCUUCCAAUUCCGAUUUGCCAUUCGCUGCCAGCUUUUAUGCUUUUUGUCGGUCUCUUGGUCAAGGCAUCGGUGUUGCUGUCGGCGGCGUCACCUUUCAAAACGAGUUCCGCAAACAGGUUGAGAAAAGCCCGGAGUUUGCUUCCAAAGCCAAUGAAUGGGCCCAAGAUGCGUCAGCGUUAGUUCAGAUCCUCAAGAAGUCCCCCUCUAGUAUGCAGCUAAUGAAGGACACUAUCGUCGAUGGAUAUAUUAAAGGCCUUCGAACCGUCUGGCUGGUAAUGACUUUACUUGCAUGCAUCGCUCUCUUGGUGUCACUCGUCUGUGUCAAGGCGAAAAGCCUGGAUCGAAAAUUUGAGACUGAGCAUACUCUGGACCAAGCAGAUCUGAAGGAGAGGAGAGGCCAAAGAGUCUCGGAGGUUGAUGUUUGA